CUCUCUCUGACCGAGGGGCUUCUGAAAGUGCUCCGAAAAGAUCUUGGAGACUCCACGUGACAGCAGUGCCUAUAUAGCAUCAGCACCAGUAGAGUGAUACUCCAUCACCAGCCGACCACUGCAGCAUAUGCCACAGUUAUACACACAUCCUCAAUGCACCUCAAGGCUUUAUUCUAGAGCUUUUGCAGACUGAUGAAUCCAUGUGUUUUCUGACUCUGUCUAGGAGACGAAAGGACUAAACUUUUUCCUGCGAGAGGGAUGCUGGAUGUUUCAAGUCUACUUUGGAAGUCGGAAGGAACUUGAUGUAUAGUCUAAGUUUCUCUUUUUUGGAGUGGACUCGCGCAGGUAUAUUUCUUUGCUCCGCGCGUCUCGUUUGAGGGCAUCCAUCGCGUCCCGUGCGCUCUUGGAGAUUCGAAGUUCUUUUGAAUGAAAUAGUUCACUCGCAAACACGUACAUCCAUUAAGCUGUGCUUGUUACUCAAAGAACCUCAAGUUUAAAGCUGUUUCACUCUUUACAGACACUUUUGGUCGUUAAAAAAGCGCGUUUCGCUCUCUAAAAUGACAUUAACCGGUGGCGAGAAAUGGUGUUUUCUCUACCCUUCUAAUGUGUGAGACAGUCGAGUCCGGACUCCUCAACUCCCCGUUCCUCUGUGGAAAAAUAUACAUAUUGAAAGCUCGUAUACGGACCCUGAAGGCUCGCGGCGAGUACCUUUGACGCUUUCUACCGUGAGUCGGGACAUUCAUACAGCCGCCCAGAUGCAGUUUCGCCUGUUCUCAUUUGCGCUGAUUGUGUUGAACUGUGUGGACUACAGCCACUGUCAGACGCAGCAGUCUCACCGCUGGAGAAGAAACAAAAGAGCUAGCUAUGGAGCUUACCCCAUCUGUAAAGGCUGCUCGGUGUGUUCCAAGGACAACGGGUGUAUGAACUGCCAGCCCAAGCUCUUCCUGUUCCUGAGGAGGGAGAGGAUGAGGCAGUACGGCGAGUGUCUUCACGCCUGCCCGUCAGGCUACUACGGCAUGCGAGGGACAGAAAUCAACAUGUGCUCCAGGUGCAGGAUAGAUGAUUGUGAGGCCUGCUUCAGCAAAGACUUCUGCACAAAGUGCAAGCUUGGUUUUUACUUGCACAAGGGUCGUUGCUUUGAAAAGUGUCCGGAGGGCUUUGCUCCCCUAGAGGACACCAUGGAGUGUGGAGAGGGUUGUGAGGUGGGCCAGUGGAGUGAAUGGGGGACCUGCGCCAGAAGAAACAAAACCUGUGGUUUCAAGUGGGGUCUGGAAACCAGGACAAGGCAUAUUGUGAAGAAGCCACCAAAGGACACAAUACCAUGUCCAACCAUCGCCGAAUCUAGGAGGUGCAAGAUGGCAAUGCGACACUGCAGGAAAGGAGGUUCGGGGAAAGGCCACCGGACCAAAGACCAGAAGAAAAAAUCCAACAAACAGAGGCUGCGCUUGCGGGCUCAGAAUCAACACAGCGACCACCUCGCCUCCGUUCGGGCAGGCCAGUAAAAAAUAUAAAUAAAUGAAAAAGACUUUUCGAUGGAACAAAGACCACAAAGCUGCUAACCCAUUGCUCCACAGACACACACACACACAUACAUACAUCUAGCCAAACGGGAUUCUUCACGCUCAUGCAGUCACACUGUGUCUCUGUACCUCCUGCUGCUUCCCUCGUCCCGUCCGACCCAUGACCCCACUGUGAUAUCAUGCACCACUACAGCAGCUGUUCAUAAAGCUCACAUCUCAUCCUACUCCAGGACGACCAAGAGAAAGACUGAGCUGGAAGCACAGAAAGCGUAGAGGAGCAGAAACGGCACAGAGCCAC